GUCUCCGCCUGCCCCACCAUGGAGGCCACAGAGGUGCCCAUCCAGGCUGAGAUGGUGGAACUAGUGCCCAACGGGAAGCAUGCUGGAGCACUCAACACAUCCACUGUCCCCUCGCUGGCAGGUGACAGGUUUGACGAGAACCAGUCCAGCGCAGCAGAGCUGGAGGAGUUUCUUCCCCAUGGCACUGAGAAGAAGCAGACGCACUUCACAGAUUUUGAAGGGAAGACGUCUUUCGGGAUGUCCGUGUUCAAUCUCAGCAACGCCAUUAUGGGCAGCGGGAUCCUGGGGCUGGCGUAUGCCAUGGCCAACACAGGCAUCAUCCUCUUCCUGUAAGUGAUGCUUGCAGGGCCACGCGGGGCACUGCUGGUGCCUGCUCAACCCUUGUGGGCUCAACACCCAGCUGCC